UAUAUGCACAGCACAAAGCCAGACAGCCAUCGAGUAAAUUAUCCUGAUGUCAGAAAUGACUCGAAAAAGCAGGCCUUUGUCAGAACCACUGACGUCAUUCUCCUUUAAAGUCAUGUUGUUACCACAUUGAGUGCAAGUGAUGUGCAGGUGCACAAAGAUGGACCAUACUGCUUUUGCAGUCCUGUCUUUAUUUUUUGCCUUUCUCAGCUCGACUUGCUUUGCUACAGGUGAAUCAGAUUCUCUCUCCUGCUCUGAAAACCAAGAGAGUUUUGAUGGCUCCUGUUAUGAAUUUGUGGAUCCGCAGCGUCCUUUCCUCCGUGCACAGAAAUGGUGUGAGAGAGGGGGAGGACAUCUCGUCUUCAUCUUGAACGAUAAGACUCAGAAGUUCCUUCAGAAGCACCUCGAUCCAAAGAAGGACUGGUGGAUCGGACUGGCGCCCGCUGCGCCAAACCUCACUCUGGACACUGCUGCCACACAAGUUUCUUUGGCAUGGCUUAAUGGCUCAGAUGUCAGCUACGCUAAUUGGAAGAAAGAGCCUGAUGCACGAGCAACCUGCGGACGUAUCCUCAAAAAGUCAGGCUACAAGUGGGACGCGUCAGAGAAUUGCACUCGAGAGCUUAGCUUCAUCUGCCAGUUUGAGUACGGGAGAUCUUUUGCAUGCGAUGGCCAAAACGCCACAUUGCAGUGCGGCUCUGGGCAAGUUAUAGAGGUAAAAGAAAGCUUCUAUGGUCGAAAAACAAUUCAUUACUGCCGAACCAAACUCGCCACCACACCCUCAGCUCCUCUGGAGGAGUGCACUUGGACAGAUGUUGCAGACGCUGUGAAAGGCAGUUGCCAUGGACUGCAGGCCUGCCAAGCUCCAGCAGACGCCAAAUCUUACGGCGAUCCCUGUCCACUCUUAGGAAGUUACUUGUCUGUUGAAUACCGCUGCAACGAUGGACUCCACUUACUGAUGAGUAAGUUGGCAGCAGUGUUUGAUAAUGUCACUAUCAAUAUCAAGUGGCUCCUGCAAGCAUAUGAGGGGAACCUUACAUGCUCUCUGAAUGCUGGAGAUGGCUACACUAUUGAUCCCAUCACCCCAGAAGAAAAGGAAAGCACGGUGAUGCACACAUUCAAAACCCCUGGACUUUUCGUGGUCACGGUGGAGUGUUCCAGCAGCGACUGGCAUGUGUCAGCUCAAAAAUCCAUAAGCAUUCAGGAGCCAGUGGGUGCGUUUGGAGAUAUCAAAUGCUAUAGCACCAACAUGUCAGAGGGUGGCACUAACUGCAGCCUGCUCUACAGCGGAGGGCCUAUUGAUGUUUCCGUCACAGUGGAGACAGGUACAAAUGUUAGUUACAUCCUUCAGUAUAAGGAGCUUUUACUCGCAAACUCCUCGGCUGACCGAGGGACCGCAGGCCACAACAUAACAUUGAAAGCGAGUGCAGUGGAGCAGCUUGGGCGUGGCUGUAACAACCUGACUUUAAGCGCUUCCAACAACGUCACCAGCCAAACAAUGUCCACCCAGUUUGAGCUGUGUCUGCUGGAGCCCGUGGAGGGGCUGCAAGCAUCAGUGAUAUCGGAGAAUGGCCGAUGUCCCAACUCCAGUGACCUCAUUAUUGGGGUCUCGCUGGAACGCGGAGCUCCUGUGCAGCUUCUCUUUACACUGACUACCAAUGAGGUCACUCACUCUGAGAGCAGAGACAUACUCGAUGGAAGCUUACAAACAUACACCUUUGGCAAGCCGCUUGAAGGAUCAUUUCAAUUGAACGUGCAAGCUGUAAAUGCUUUCUCGAGCUCUGAUAUUAACGUGAGCCUGGAAAGCAUAAUGGUGGCAUGCAAAAAGUACUCUGACUCUCAAAACAAGACUACUGGCGAGUCUUAUGAUUUGAAAGUAAUUUCCACUCCAGAAUCUGUUGUUGACUACACUCAGAAUAUCACCCUCAGCGUUAAUGGAAGUGUGUCAUUGCCCAGCAAAGGACUUGACUUUAAGUGGAAAUGUAGAGGGGAUUGCAAGUGCAGCGACCAAACAAAUAACACAACUCAUGUGAUUGACAAACGGUGCCUUCCAAAUCCAUUUGAGAUGUCUGUCUAUACUGUAACUGUGAAGAAAACAGCCUGGUUUAGAGAAUGGGCCCAACUCGCUUCGGCUUUCAAGUGCAUCUCUGUUGUUCCAGCUGAAUUUAAAAAUGUCUCCAUUAGUUGUGAUAAUUGCACUUCCAUUCAUGUGAACAACCCUGUAAAACUGAGACUUAGUUGUGUGGCAACUUGCCCAGAUGUGGACUGGUACACAGAGGAUCCAAAACCACUGAUGGAUGAUCUUGAAACUUGUUAUUCACACGAAGGAAGAAGGCCGCUGACGAAAAAGCAAGAAGGCAACUUGGAGUUUCUUGUAAACAACCAACAGCUCAAGUAUUCGAGGGACAACUUACUUAACAUUACUGUGAUUGCUCAAGGAAAAUCGGAGCAAGGUUAUGCCAGGUACACCCUACCCAUACCGGAUCCAGAACCAGAACCAACUCAAGCCCCUACAGACCCAACAUGUAGCAUCGUCCCCCUCUCAGGCACUGUGCUUGACUCAUUCGAUAUCACCUGCCAAGCUAGUUCUUUCUGUUCUUCGGGUUGCCUUUAUUGCUUCAAGACAGACACAGGCAAACAUCUGCGUUGCAGUAAUAAAGAAUUUGUGAAAUCUAUCUUAUUGCCUGCUGGAGACGAAAAGAACAAUUACAAUUUGUCUAUUGUGGUGACUGUGAAAAAUGAAUCCACGGAAGUUACUACGGUCGUCCACGCUCAGGUUCGGGAGAACAACUCCAGUGCUUCCGUGGACACUCUCCAGUCAGUUCUAGAAGAUACUGUCUCCCAGUUGGAGCAAGAUGGUCUUCUCUCUGGUGAGGCCCUUGGCCAAAUCGUCACCUCCGUAGCUGACAUGCUCAAUACCGAGGCUGAUGAGGAACAGAAGGACGCAAGGACAAAGCUCAGAGAGCAGAUGCUGACCAAAAUGACGACAGUUAUGCUGGACUCCCCGUCAAGCACUAAUCAUGAGGUGCAGGUGACAGCCAGAGCCGUAGCCGGACUCACACAGCGUUCAGAUGAGCUGAGUCCAGCUGCCCAGGAAGAAGCAAGUUCACUCUUGGUUGACCUAAGCUCUUCCCUCAACAUUAUCAGCGUUAAUCAGAAUGGAAGUGCGGACGAUUUAGAAGUUAUGGAUGGAGCCACACCAAUUGUCCAAGCGGCCAGUAAUAUUUUGAAUGCUUCGUCAAAUGAAAAAGUUUCCCAUUCCCUACUGACUGGGAUGAGCAAUGUACAGAAUGCCUUGUUGAAUCAUAAAAAAUUGAAUGGAGAUCCGAUCAUCAUUGACUCCAAUCAGAUCAGUGUGUAUGUAAACAGAGUGUCUCCAGAAAGUAUGCAGAUGCAAGAUAUAAACAUCCAGAGGAGCAGUGCUUCUAGAUUUUCCUUUCCGACUCUGCCUUCUGAUGUUUUCUCACCAGAUGAGCCUGUGGAUGUCAGAAUGAUGAGUUUCGAAAAGAACCCGUAUUCUUGGAAUGGCGGAAACAUUUCGGGAACGGUGGGAUCCGUGUCUCUCACGACAACAAACGGAACUGUUAUCCCUGUUAAUAAUUUGCCUGAAGAGAUUGAGAUUCUCCUGCCCAGGCCGGACGUUGGGCAGGAGAACAGUACAGUUUUGGACCUGGCCAAUUUCAGCACAUUAAUAAUUGACGUUCCCUCGCCUGAUGUUACGCUGGUGCUGAAGAUGGAGCCCUCUGAAAACAUUACCUUUGUCAUACUUCUGGGGUACAAGAAUUAUCCGACAAAUGAAGAUUACGUGGCCAAAACUCAGAUGCCUCUAGAGAAUGUAAAAGAAGAGGAAAAAUAUACCUGGGUUCUCAGUCCUCAAGACAGAACCGGAGAUGCCGGCGUGCACUUCCUUGUCUUGAAGCCCAAAGUCGAGCCCGGCGUCAAAUCUGUUAAUGCCACAGUCAGAAUUGUAACUAUUGCUGCCCAAUGCAAGUACUGGGAUGAAGAAGAGUCAUCUUGGAGCGAAAACGGUUGCAGGGUAAGUCUGUGGCAUCUCAUACUGAUGACAUUUAAAAAACAUAAUUUCCCCUUUCUUCUCUUGCAGGUUGGCCCACUCACUACACCUUUUCUCACCCAGUGUCUGUGUAAUCACUUGACUUUCUUCGGCAGCUCUUUCUUUGUCAUGCCAAACUUAGUGGACGUGUCACGCACCGCAGAGCUCUUUGCCACUUUCUUUAAUAAUCCCGUGGUUGUGAGUUUUGUGGCGGCCAUUUUCGGGGCUUAUCUUCUGGUGGUCGUAUGGGCGCGUAGAAAAGACAUUCAGGAUACAGCUAAGGUGAAGGUAACAGUGCUUGAAGAUAACGACCCGCUGGCGGAAUACUGUUACAUGCUUACAGUUGGCACAGGGCAUCGCCAUGGUGCAUCCACGUCCUCGCAGGUGACCAUAACCCUGCUGGGAACAGAGGGGGAAAGCGAGCCCCACCACCUGACUGAUUUGGAGAAACCUCUGUUCGAAAGGGGUGCAGAGGAUGUAUUUCUCUUGACUACGCACUUUUCACUUGGAGAGCUGCAAAGCAUCAGGCUGUGGCACGACAACUCGGGCACACACCCUGCAUGGUAUGUCAACAAAGUGACGGUGCAAGAUCUGGAGAGUGGCCAAAAGUGGCACUUUCUUUGUAACUCCUGGCUUGCUGUCGACGUGGGAGAAUGCACCCUCGACAAGGUCUUCCCAGUGGCCACUGAGGAAGAUCUGAAGAGAUUUAGCAAUCUUUUUUUCAUGAAGACAGCCAAGGAUUUCCGCGAUGGACACAUCUGGUUCUCCGUCAUCAGUCGCCCUCCGUGCAGCACCUUCACUCGUGUGCAGCGAGUGUCCUGCUGCUUUUCCUUGCUGCUCUGCACCAUGUUGACUAGCAUCAUGUUUUGGGGCAUCCCCACGGAUCCCUCAGAGCAGACCAUGGACCUUGGUCACAUAGAAUUCACCUGGCAACAGGUCAUGAUCGGUAUUCAAAGUUCCAUCAUCAUGUUUCCUAUCAAUCUCCUCAUUGUGAGCAUCUUCAGAAACACUCGUCCACGCGAAAAAGCUCCCAAAUUGGACAAGACCAAGCAGGGGAAGACGGUUCGAGUAUCUCCCUCGCAGGGCUCUUCCCCUCAGAAAGUGCAGAAGGAGAUCACACCAGACACAGUGCUGAAGGACAUAAAAAGAAUGGCCCAGUCACUGUCAAAGGCCAUGAAGAGUCCCCUGCCUCAUUUGGAGCUCCGGCCUGGUCAACAGACUGAUAUCAACACCCUUUUGUCUCUGGUGGAAGACAUCAUCAGACAGCAAAACCGAACUUCCUCUGACUUUUACACAGACACUGCCAAAAGAGAACGCUCUAUCCUCAGUCUUGGGGCAGUCGAUCUUCAAGAAAAGACUGUUUGGGGCAGUCCGGAGAAGACCUCAGAUGAGGUUCAGAAGAAGAGCAACAACAGCAGAUACCUAUACAGGCAACUGCGUCACGUUGAAAACAAGCUGGGUUUCCUGGGAUCUUCUCGGUUCCAAAACCCAGACAGCUACAACAAAGCCAUGCAGCAAGUUCAAGGGAUGAAGAAUCUGCUGGAGUUCCACCUGCCGUCACACAGCCUCGAUGGGGAGCAAUCGGAGCGUAGUCCCAGUCCAGAAGAGAGUGCCAGCAAGGGCGCUGGCAAGAAAUGCUGUCAAGGGGGGCUGCCGUGGUGGUUUGUCUUUGUGGGCUGGAUAUUGGUGAUUGCAACCAGCGGUGUGUCUGGAUACUUCACCAUGAUGUACGGGCUGACCUAUGGCAAAGAUCGUUCUAUAAGCUGGCUGAUCUCCAUGGUGGUGUCCUUCUUUGAAAGUCUGUUCAUAACGCAACCUCUUAAGGUUCUUGGCUUUGCUGCUUUCUUCGCUCUUGUUCUGAAGAAGGUGGAUCAGGAAGAAUACGGGGAGCCUCAGCUUGACGAGAGCCUUAAGAAUUCUGAUGAUCCUGAUGGGGUGCGAGCAGCACGGAGAGACAGCACAUGCAGUUUCUACCAGCCGCCGCCUCCAACAGACAUCGAGAAGAUGAGGAACAACAUGAUCAAAGAGCAGAAAGUCUUUGGUCUCAUUAAGGAGAUUCUGGCCUACAUGGGAUUCAUGUGGAUGCUGCUUCUGGUGGCGUAUGGGCAGAGGGAUCCCAAUGCUUACUUCCUGACCCAGCACAUUCGCCAGAGCUUUAGCAAAGGCAUCUCAGACACAAUGAGCAUCCAAGAUGUGUACAACUGGGCAAACGCAACUCUGAUCAGCAACUUGUUCGGAGAGCAUCCAGGAUUCAUCACAGACGGAAACUCGAAGCUGGUUGGUAAUGCUCGGCUACGCCAACUGAGAGUUCAGAAAAACUCUUGCCGUGUGGCGCGUCGCAUGCAACAUGCAGUGCAUGACUGCCACUCUCUCUACUCAUGGGAGUCCGAAGACAUGGGUUCCUACGGUCCAGGCUGGAACAACUCUCAGGCCGAUAAUACUUCACUUUACCUCCCUAGUCCCUGGAAGUACCAGUCCCAGGCAAAACUGAGAGCCUACCCCAUCUGGGGAAGCAUGGUACUCUACAGGGGAGGGGGCUUUGUGGUGGAUCUUGGACCCGACUUGCAAAACUCCAGCAGAUCUCUCCAGUAUCUAUACGAAAACCGCUGGUUUGAUGCGCACACCCAAGCGAUCCUUGUUGAGUUCACCGUGUACAACGCUAACGUCAACCUCUUCUGCAUUGUCACACUCUUGCUUGAGACCACGGCUCUUGGAGCUUUCCAAUUCCGUAGUGAGCUCCAAAAUGUUCGUCUCUACCAAUCGACGGGGGGCCUCCACAUCUUUGUCAUGGUGUCUGAGGCCAUUUACUUCCUCUUCAUUCUGUAUUACAUGUUUGUUCAGGCAAAGGUGAUGAAGCAACAGAAAUGGGCCUAUUUCAAGAGUAAAUUGAAUCUGCUUGAGCUGGCGAUCAUACUUCUCAGUUGGAGCGCUCUGUCCGUUUUUAUCAAGAGAACUCUGCUGGGGAAGCGAGACAUGGAGUACUACCAGAAUCACAAAGACCAAUACGCCAGUUUCCAUCAGACGGCCAAGGCAGAUGCAGUGCUGGGCUAUCUGAUUGCCUUCCUGGUGCUGCUUGCAACAAUCAAACUGUGGCACCUCCUGAGACUCAACCCGAAGCUACACAUGAUCACAGCAACGCUCCAGCGAGCCUGGACUGAUAUCUCCGGCUUCCUGGUGGUCAUGACCAUCAUGUUUCUGGCCUACUCUAUUGCUUCCAACCUCAUGUAUGGGUGGAAGCUGUACUCUUAUCGCACUCUAUUUGAUGCUGCUCAGACUAUGGUCAGCCUGCAACUGGGCAUCUUCAACUAUGAUGAGAUUCUUAAUUACAACCCAAUCCUGGGCGCCUUCCUCAUCGGUUCCUGCAUCGUUUUCAUGACGUUUGUGGUGCUCAACCUCUUCAUCUCUGUCAUCCUUGUGGCGUUCAGUCAAGAACAAAUACACCACAAGCCAUCCGAAGAGGAAGAGAUUGUGGACAUGAUGAUGAUGAAACUUUGCAGUCUGUUCGGAAUCAAAUGCAAGAGUAAGCAAGGGGACGACGGCCGCUCUGAGAAGCCCGGACUUACAUGUGCUUCAAAUAAUGGAAUUGCCACAAUUUCUUCUGUGUGUGUUGACAAGGACUCUUAUGUUCCACUUUAGUCAGCAUUAUUAUAAGGUAUGCUGUAACCUGUGUGCUUUGCUGCUGUUGAAGAUUUUCAUGGUUUGCUACAUACUGUGCCACUGUGGAAUGUUGUCUACUCUUGUAAGUGCACUAUUUACGUAUUAACUAUAUUCUUCAGAUGUGUCUAAUGUAAGAAAAGCAAAAAUAGUUCGACAAUAGAGCAAUUGACGUGUAUUGUAUACUUUUUAGAUUCUUUUUUUGAUCGCCCUGGGGUGUGAUCAGGACUUAAAUGUGUAGAAUAACAUUCUCAAAGAGUGCAACUUUGUGUUUAAAUCAGUGUGACCUUCCUGUAAAUGUUCUUGUGAAUCUGGACACCACUAAAGUUGUCACUUCUUCAGGAGAGUAAAAUAUAUUCACCAAUGAU